AUGGCGAGACUGAAUAUUUUUAGGUAUCAGUUCUUUCUACAGUUGAAACAAGACAUUCAAACGGGAAAACUGGAAUGUCCAAAAGAAACAGCUAUUGAAUUGGCCGCACUGGCGCUACAGUCUGAAUUCGGUGAUUACAACCCUGUAGAACACAACGCCGCCUUCGUAUCCGAGUUUCGUUUCCACCCCGAGCAAGAUGAAGAUAUGGAAAUUGCAAUCCUUGAAAAAUACAUGACAUGCAGAGGCCAGUCACCAGCUACAGCGGAACUGAACUACCUGAAUAAAGCGAAGUGGAUCGAACUUUACGGUGUUGAUAUGCAUACGGUUGAAGGAAAAGAUGGUAAUAUAUACAGGUUGGGUUUAACGCCGACUGGAACGUUGGUUUUCGAUGGUAAUCAGAAGAUUGGUCUCUUCUUUUGGGAGAAAAUUCAAAGGCUCGACUUCAAGAACAAAAAACUCACAUUGGUCGUUGAAGAUGAUGCAGAUCAAGCAGUUUGUUCUCAGUUGUCCAUUUCAAAUUGUCUAUUUCCUCAAGACAAAUGUGAUAUC